GCAACAUUAAUAAAAUAAGUCUUCAAAGACACAGAAUCUGGAGCAGUAAAACAUGAUAUUUAAAAAAAAUUGAAAGUAUCCGGCAGCCAUAUUUCUUUCAAAAGUUGGUCUUUUCCGGUUUGUUGUCGAGAAAAUGACGGGCUUUAGUAAUAAGUCCAUCGUAAUAGAUGGCCGGGGCCACUUGCUGGGCCGGCUGUCUGCCGUCAUCGCCAAGGUUCUGCUAGAAGGAAACAAAGUAGUUGUCGUAAGAUGUGAACAGCUGAAUAUCUCGGGAAACUUCUUCAGGAACAAGUUGAAGUUCAUGUCAUUCUUGCGCAAACGGUGCAAUGUGAACCCCGCCCGCGGACCAUUCCACUUCAGGGCUCCCUCCAAAGUCUUAUGGAAAACCGUCAGAGGCAUGAUCCCACACAAAACAGAGCGUGGAAAGGAUGCCCUGAGGCGACUCCGUGCAUAUGAUGGAUGCCCACCACCGUACGACAAUCGCAGACGUGUGGUUGUACCUGCAGCUCUUCGUGUAUUUUGCUUGAAGCCCGGACGUAAGUACUGCCACGUGGGGCGCCUGUCGCACGAGGUGGGCUGGAAGUACCGCGAGGUGGUGCGCAAGCUGGAGGACAAGAGGAAGUUCAAGACCAUCCACAAACUCGCCUACGAGAAGAAACUCAAGAAAAUCACCAAGGAUGCAGGCCAGAAGGUGGCAAAGGCGACUGCGCCGUUCACCGCUGUGAUGCAGUCCUAUGGAUACAAUUAGAACUAAGGGAAAUUAUAUAAAAAAAAUAAACCUAUGGUUGCCCA